UGCAGACUCUUCAAAUUCCUUUCUGUCUCGCCUGAAAAUCCUUUCUUUAUAUCAAAAUUAACCAAAAUAAAUGUGAUGUUCUCCGAUUCUCUUCUUUUCAUUUCUCUAUUAUCACUUCUUUAUUCAAUUGCUUGUGCAAACUAAUAAGAAGACAGCAAAAACACCUCCAUUCAACCCAAAAAACUACAACGGAGUUAACCCAAUUUUAGCUCUUAAUUGGAUUACUAAUAGAUUGUAGAUAUAAGGAAGUUGGUAUGGUCUGCAAUUUGUAUUGGAAGUGGAUGAUGGGCAUUUAAUUGAACAAGUUGGAGGUGAUUCCGUAGUUUUGAUCCCAUGAAUAGAUUCUGUUUUGGUGCUUCCUACUCUCAGCUUGUAGGAGGACGUUCGUCAUCAAGCUCUGGUAAGGGAAAAGGCCAUGAGGGCUCAAUCAAGUACGGUUUCAGCCUAAUAAAAGGGAAGGCUAAUCAUCCCAUGGAGGAUUAUCAUGUUGCUAAGUUUGUGCAGAUUCAAGGACAUGAAUUAGGGCUUUUUGCUAUCUAUGAUGGCCAUAUGGGAGAAGGUGUGCCUGCAUACUUACAGAAGCAUUUGUUUUCCAAUAUCCUGAAGGAGGAGGAGUUCUGGGUAGACCCCAACAGAUCUAUCUCAAAAGCCUAUGAGAGGACUGACCAGGCAAUUCUCUCUCAUGGUUCAGACUUGGGCCGAGGUGGGUCCACAGCUGUAACUGCAAUUUUGAUUAAUGGUCGAAGAUUAUGGGUUGCUAACGUUGGGGAUUCUAGAGCUGUAGUUUCAAGAGCGGGUCAGGCAAUUCAAAUGAGUACAGAUCAUGAACCUAACAAUGAACGAGGAAGCAUAGAGGACAGGGGUGGCUUUGUCUCAAACAUGCCAGGAGAUGUUCCUAGAGUUAAUGGGCAGCUGGCAGUGUCUCGUGCUUUUGGAGACAGGAACCUUAAAUCACAUCUGCGAUCAGAUCCUGACAUACAAGACACUAUCAUAGAUAAUAGUGUAGAUAUCUUAAUCCUUGCAAGCGACGGCCUUUGGAAGGUGGUGUCUAAUCAAGAGGCUGUUGAUAUGGCAAGAAGGAUUAAAGACCCACUGAGAGCAGCUAAGCAAUUAACAGCUGAGGCAUUGAAAAGAGACUGUAAAGAUGAUAUAUCUUGUGUUGUUGUUAGGUUCAGGGUGUAAAGCUCAUUGAACGCUAUCGUUCUCCUGGUGCUGCAUGUAUACCUAUUAUGAAAGUUCCUUUACAUGGGUUGCUGAUUUGUAGAUUAAACGACAAAUACAUAUACUUGGUUGGGGUAACCAUGAGGAUUUGCAGUAGUUUUUGAUUUGCCAAAGGGAAGGACAAAAGGGUCCCCAGCCUCUGUAAAUUUAUUUUAUUGAUUAGGUGCCGUUGUUUGAAAUUGUUUGAUUUCUUUAUGAAAUUGAAUUAGAAAUCUGAUUUACAUUGUCUUGUAAUUGGCACAGAAGAUCUUGUGUCUUUUGUAUAUUUUUAAGAAGACUCAUGGCUUUGAUUGUGCU